UCUCUCCUUGCGUGCACGUGCGGCCGUAUGGGGGCAACUGAGUGUGGGCCCCUACAUGCGAUUGUGUGUGUCCCUGUGUGAUUCUUCUUCCGGUGCCUGCGCAUGGGACCCUGACGGGCUGAAUAACUGCGAAUAUCCGCAGCCCUUGGUCUCCCUGGUGGCUGGUAUUUGCCUCGAGUCCCAUGUCGUUCCUGGCCUCGCUCUCCCUCUCAUUCCCUCUGCCUCUCUCUCUAUCUCUCUAUCUGUCUCUUCCCUAGGCCUCUGCAGCCUCUGUUCUCCUCUCGAUCUCCCGCUAAUGAUCGGCCUCGUGCUCGGGGACGCGCUGGUCACCUUGGUCAUCGUGGUCUCCGUUUACUUUUGCACCCGGAGGGCAGGCGGGAGCAGCGGGGACGCGCUCCCUGAGGACACCAAAGUCUAUAUGAACAUGCCGGGACGGGGCUGACGGGCUCAAUCAGCGGGCCGAGGGCCGACGCCCGCCGGAAACGGUCCUCCCUGGAGUGACAAUCUUCUACCCUGCUGCUCUCCGGGUCUGUGUCAUAAAACCCCUUGCGGCCUCGG